AUGGCCCCGCCUUUCGCCGACCCACCCCCCUUUGAUAACAGCGGCCGCGGUCCACUCGCUGUGCCUGGUUUUGGAUUUCCUGUGGAGCUAGAAUUACAUCCAGAGGAUCGAUUUACUCACGGCGUACGCGAGUGGUUUCAGGAGCCAAAUAUCACAGCCCGGGAGCUUGCCAUGCUUUCUUUCAUGGACAAAAUUACCGACAAACCUACAUGGUCGACAGAUGUUUUUGACGACAAAGCUACUUCCCAGUUGUACCAAGAAGCACUGCGUAGCCGUCUUAUCAGUCCACAGACAUGGGUCUGGUGCCUCUCAGAACUGCAAGAUAAGGCUUGUAUCUUCCAAAGUAGUGGUCGCAUUCUGGUCUACAACACUGGAGUCGCCAUUUGCAAAUCAGACGUCGUGGUGGAUGAGGAGACACGGACCCUCAUCAAAGACGAGCUCUCAGUCUUGGAAUCAUCAUUACCGUCCGAUGCCGCCACCCUCGAUCCCUCUCCUGAUACUCCUCGGCAAAUACACAGGCUCAUUGAUCCUCUCCUCUAUCCCCUCAUGUACGGCAAGUCGAGAGUCUUGGCUAAAGGGGGAAUAGUACCUCUUAAUGACGUGUUCCAACACAUAAGCAAGUGCACUAUUGCUCCAAACAUUCCUGUCAAAGGCUAUCAUCGUAUAAUUUGGGUAGGCCCUUCAGAGUGGGAGAUGCAUCAUCAAAGAGAAAUGUCAUGGUCGACGAAUUUCCAGCGGUUGCCUUGCGAAGUAGACUUCUUACAGUCCUCCGGCACAGGCGUUCGCAUCACCUCAUACAUCAAUGGCCUGCAUCCUCGGAACCAGGCUCUAUAUCAUGCUAUUGAGAAACUCAUUUCGGCUUCUAUCGAGCCUUGGAAUGACGUCUUGAUCAAACAAGGUUGUGGGCGCUUCCCAACCCGCAUUAAGUUGUAUGGCAUCUCAUAUGAGCCUCCACCACCUGACUUCGACCACUUUACUNNGGAAGCAGGGAAGCAUCCUGGGAGUGAACCUUACUAUGCUGCGAUUGAAGAAGCCAAGGCAUACUGUGCCCAGCCUGACGACUGGCCAUACGAUUACUCGGACGACGAAGAGCCAUUUCCUUGGCCUGGAAAAGGNAAGCCUGAUGAUUUCGAUGCCUGGUGUAGAUCUGGGAAGGACUUAGCCAUGCCGGUGCGGAUGAAGUACGCUGACCUUACUCACUUUGUGCAUCCUGAGCCAGGUACUACGUACACCUAUCAGCAGUGGAAAGCCGGACAAGCAUGGGAAACCAUCGAAAAAAGAAUGCCUGGGGACCACGAACCGGAUGUAGAGGGGAAAACAGUGCAGAUACCCCAUGAGGCAUAUAGGGUGGCCCUCCAAGAGUCUUUCCGGCAGAAGGGAUUGCAAGUCAUAGUCAAGAUAGACAGGAUCGAACUGAACUCCAGCGAACCCAGUUUUCCAGGCAGCGACUGGCACGUCGAAGGCUUACAUAAUGAGCAUAUUGUCGCCAACUCUAUGUACAUUCUCGAGGAGGAGAAUACAUCGGAGCCUCGCAUCGAUUUCCGUCAAGAAACAAGAUUGGACCCGGACGAAUUCGACUACAACAAAUAUGACCUCGAAGCUUUGCUGAAAGUCUUUGACGUACCUUACAGAAAACAGAUACUUGGAGGAUCUCUUAACCCGCCUCCUUCGUUGCAAAGACUGGGAUCUGUCGGUCUUCCCGUAGGUCGACUGCUCGCUUGGCCAAACGUACUUCAUCAUCGCAUUACACCAUUCGAGCUCAUCGACAAGACCAGCCCCGGUCAUCGCAGCUUUCUCACCUUGUCCCUUGUGGAUCCUUACUAUCGCAUCUGCUCGACCAGAAACGUGCCCCCUCAAAACCAUGAGUGGUGGGUGGACGAAGCUCUAUCCGCAGCCCUGCCAACAAACGUUUUUGUACCGCGCGAACUUCUUGACCACAUCGACUCGUGCACCGACAACUGGCCGAUGGGCUUGGAAGAAGCAACAAAGAUUAGAGGACAGAUGGCNAAAGAACANAAGGAUCACGAACGGUACAUAAUGAACCACCCCGCCGAUCGCUAUGAUUUCAACGUAGACGAGUACAAUUGGGGAGAGUUUCCUGAUUUACCUUCCAUGGAUCUUGGAAGUUCAUAG